AAUGGUGAUAACUCGGCAUCUCGGUCUCGACGCUUACGCUUACGCCGAUUAUGGCUGCAUACAGCCAAAAUUACCGUCUGAUACAUGUCGUUUUGCGGGGGAUCAGAGUACAUAACUCAACACAGGCGCCUGUGGCUGUCUAUCGUAAAUCUUGUUGUAUAUAAAGUCUUGAUCCAUCCCAUUCCUCUCAGCUCUUCUUUUUUCCCCCUUCGCAAUGGCUUCAUCCUCCCAUCGAAACAUCAUCUCCAAGAACAAAACUCCCAUCGCCGUCGCCGCCGCCUUAGUAUCAGCUGCCGCAGUAAUCACUUCCAUCUACCGCUCAGUAACCACCUCCAAGAUGUCUCACAAUCUCCACCCCAGCCUCAAGAACGGCAUCACCAAGGGCUCGCCCAACUUCUCCGGUGGCAAGCUCCGCUGCAAGUGCUCCUCCAACCCUGUCGAGGUCACCCUUAGCGGCCAGGUCGCUCACAACCACGCCUGCGGAUGCUCCAAGUGCUGGAAGCCCGAGGGUGCUCUCUUCUCCAUCGUCGCUGUCAUUCCCCGUGACCAGGUCCAGGUCACUGCCAACGGUGACAAGCUCACUAUUGUCGACAAGAGCGCUGCUAUCCAGCGAAACGCCUGCCGUGACUGCGGUGUCCACCUGUUCGGACGCAUUGAGAACGAUCACCCCUUCAAGGGUCUCGACUUUGUCCACGUCGAGCUCUCUGAUGACAAGGGCUGGCAAGAGCCUCAAUUCGCCGCCUUUGUCUCUUCCAUCAUUGAGCAGGGCUUCCCUGCUGACAAGGCCAACGAGGUUCGACAGCAGUUCAAGGAUCUUGGCCUCGAGUCCUACGAUGCUCUGUCUCCCCCUCUGAUGGACGCCAUCGCCUCUUGGACCGCCGCCAAGUCCAAGAUCUGAGGACUUCAAUUUCAUAUAUGCCCCAACGUUUGGGGUCCAUGUUACAAAAGUUUUGAGAAAUGGUUAGCGGGGUGUUGAGAUCCGGUGGUUGUUGUUUAAAUAAGAAUGUAUAGGUAGUGUCUGGGACAGAACGAGAUGAACGGAGUUGGGUGUGCAGUUGAAUAGGAUGACACGGGAAAUGUGCGCCUACGAAUGAUAUGAAAGGAAAAGAGUCUCAAAGAUAGCUCUAUCAAUCCGAAUUCAUGACUUGACGAA